UGAUCAGUUUUCUCUCACCCGUCGAGCUGUACACAUCGUAACGAAAUCUGAAAUAUGAACGGACUGAAAAUGCUUACUCUAUUGGGCCUGAUGGUCGUGGGUUCUGGUGCCUUGGGUUCAGCCGAUGAGGCACCCAUUGUUGGCGGCGUCACACAAUUGAGCGGAGAGAGGAAAGAGCAGGCCCUUACACUGCUGGAUACCACCUUGUCGCAGCUCGCAACUGGAGAUGGACCCACCUACAAAGCUGUUAAUGUGACCUCUGUGUCGAGCCAAGUUGUGGCUGGUACUCUCUAUACGUACCAGGUGGAGCUGGACAAUGGAACUGAUAAGAAGGACUGCACCGUCAAGAUCUGGACCCAGCCGUGGCUCAAGGAGAACGGUACCAACAUUAAGAUCAAGUGCGAGGGCGAUGAUGGUGAGCUGGAUCGCACUUGGUAGGUCAAAAGAGUUUUCCCUCCAGUCUUUGCCUUUACCUGUACCUGAGACUGGAUAAUUA